AAAAAAAAAAAUAGAUGAGCAAAAAAGGGGUAUCCUCUUUGUGGCCCAGAACUUUAAUUUCACUCAAAUUUUGGGUUUGAGCGCCAUUGCAUGACUCAAGUUAGGGCCCUGAACACAACACCUUUAAAAGCGCUUUGCUCUGCAUAGGAACUCUCAACAUCAUUUCUUUCUUUCUUCUCUUUCUUCAUCAUCUCUUUGUUUUCUGCCUAAACACCUAGUAUCGCCCACAUAUUUGGCUAUUUAUACACUUCACUACACUAUACUACAUCAUCAUUGCGCAAAAAAUAUUUUUUUACGAGAUUAGUUUACAACUUUUUUAUAUUCAAAGACGACAGAAUGGUUGCCACUGCUGACUACGAUAUUGCAUCUAGCUUUGCGACCCACUCGCCAUCCCCGGAUUCCGGCAAGGCCAUUGUGGCUGUUGCCGAUGAGUCUUCUGAGCACAAGUACCAGUUUAUAGACUACCGCGCCGCUGCCUUGCCCAACCACCACAAAAAUGUACCGCCCAUGGUCACUCAGAUCAUCGACGGCCUGACCAAGCGCAGGCUGCUUCCCACGGAUGGAAACUCUGAGAACCGGUCGCUGCCAACUGUGCUGCUCUAUGACGACAAGGGCCUCAACCUAUUUGACCGCAUCACAUACGUGCCCGAGUACUACCUGGCCGAGUGCGAGAUAGACGUGCUCAAGACCAGCACGCGCGAAAUCGUCGGCGAGAUUCCCAACGACUCUGACGUCAUUGAGCUCGGCUGUGGCUCUCUGCGCAAAACUCAGCUGCUGCUCGCUGCACUCGAUCAGAUGCGCUCGGGCAUCACCUAUUAUGCCAUUGAUGUCAUGCCGAUGCCGCUGCAUAGCGCCUUGGGUACUCUGGCGGAAAAAUACAAGAACAUCACAUUUGUUGCAUUGUGCGGCACGUAUGAUGAGGUGCUGACGCACUUCAAGAAAGCCACCCGUCGCAAGACACUACUGUGGCUCGGGUCGUCCAUUGGCAACAACUCCAGGGCUGAGUCCAUUGAGUUUUUGUCGAGCAUUACGGACAACGCGCUCGUCGCCAACGACGGCAUUAUCAUCGGCAUGGACAGAAAGAAGGAUCCGGAUGUUAUCAUGGCCGCCUACCACGACUCCGAGGGGCUGACCAACCAGUUUGAGCUCAACGCACUCUCCCACGUCAACAACCUUAUCUCCGAGUACACUGCCACCCUGAAAGGCCUUAUUUCCGCUGACAGUGUUGCCGACGGCAUAUUUGACGUUGAGAAGUUUUGCUAUACGGGCGACUACGACGAAGUUGUUGGCAGGCAUUCAGCAUACUUGGAGGCUCGCGAGGACACCAUGAUUAGCUGGCCCCGCGACCUGGCCCCCGCUGUCGAGCAUAUUUGCGGCAAUUCCAGCGACAUUGCGAUCAAACGCGGAGAGCGCAUCUACAUUGAAUCGUCAUACAAGUAUGGAAAGGAGGACUUUGAGAUCCUGGCUCAAGGCAGUGGUCUAGUGCACAGCGCCGAGUGGAACGACUCUCGCAGCUACUACUCGCUGAACCUGUUCCGCAAGCCCCGCUCGACCAUGUCGCCCCGCGCCGACGUCACUGCCGCCAAGGGCGCAAGCAGCAAUUUUUGGAGCUCGGCUGAGUCACACGCGCAAAAUCCGCUGCACCUGCCGCCCAAUUUUAUGGCCCGGGAGCAGCCGUCAACCAUUCCUCGCAAAAACGAGUGGGAACACCUGUGGUCUGUUUGGGACACGCUCUCGCUGCACAUCAUUCCGAGAAGCAAGCUGAUCGACCGUCCAAUUGAUCUCCGCCACCCCUUCAUCUUCUACCUCGGCCAUCUGUCCGCGUUUGCCGACAUACACAUGGCUGCAGCCGAAUGUGCGCCGCUGACCCAGCCUGAGAGUUUUGCGCAGUGGUUCGAGCGGGGAAUCGACCCGAACAUGGUGGAUCCCACUAUUUGCCACAGCCACUCGGAAAUCCCUGCAGAGUGGCCUGAGGUCAAUGCCAUUUUGGCAUACCGUGACCGCGUGCGCGCCCGGAUCACCAACUGGAUAAGCGUCCACAAUGAGACCAGUGGUGUGGUGCCAACAGCCGAUGCUGCGCGUCAUGUGUGGAUGGCGUUUGAGCACGAGGCCAUGCAUAUCGAGACCAUGCUGUACAUGGCGGUCCAGAUGAACCCGGCCGAGAUAUGCUCGCCCAUUGUCACUACUUUUGCGGCAUACCACGGUGCUCAGCCGCGGGAGUCCUGGAUUAGCUACACAGGUGGCUCUAACAUUCUCCUUGGACUGCACAAUGAUAGCGAGGGCGCACUCAAGAGUCAAAUGCUGCCUUCAGGACAUGUGUUUGGCUGGGACAACGAGGGCCCAUCGAUGGCAGUCUCGGUCAAGCCAUUCAGUGUCCGCACGCAGCCCAUUACUAAUGGCGAGUACCUGAAGUUUCUCAAAGCAAGGCUCAGCGCUGGCCAGGACAAUUACGACAACCUUGUGCCAAAGUCCUGGGUUCGGCUUGACGAAUGUGGAGACUAUACAGUGCGCACUGUCGUCGGCAACCCCUCAAUAACCAGCACCGAGGCGUCGCUGUGGCCAGUAUUUGUCAGCCAGAAGCAGGCAACAGCAUACGCCAGCUGGUGCGGCAAGCGGCUUCCAAGCGAGGCCGAGUGGACUCACGCCUCCAGGACAUACCAUCUUGCGCGCGCGCUGGGUAAAUCAACAUCAACUGCCCAAAACUCAUUUGGCUUCCAGCCUUCUCAGAGCGUGGAUGCCUACUUGUCCAAUCUUUUAGCCACACAGGGUAUCAAUGCCAGUGAGUACACGCAUGCUGCAUUUGAUUUGUUUGUGCCCGCCGACGCCAACAUUGGCUUUGCCCACUGGCACCCGGUCCCUGAGGCUACAGCUCACCCACCGGGUGCCUAUACGGGAGAUGAAAAGGGAAAUGACCUGCCUGAAGCCAGGUUUAUCGGUAACGGGUGGGAGUGGACGUCGACGCAGUUUCACCCGUUUGACAAUUUUAGUCCCUCAGAAAUGUAUCCCGGAUACUCUGCUGAUUUCUUUGAUCCGCCCAGCACAUCUGGCGCCGAUUGUACACACUACGUCGUCAAGGGCGCAUCAUAUGCGACACACCGCCGUAUGGCCCACCGUCAGACUUUCAGAAACUGGUACCAGCGGGGGUAUCCGUACGUGUUGGCCACGUUCCGCCUAUGUGACGAUGCGACUGAGUGAUAGUUUUAUGCCUUGAUUUUCUUUAAAUUUAUUAUUACGUUUUGAAUAUUAUUCCCCACUAUAUAUGUA